AUGAGAACCCCGGCGAUUGAUCCUUCUAUAGGUCGCCUGAAUGUCCGUAUCUCCGUUCCUCGCCUCACGUUUUUCACGAACCUUGCUUUUACCGUUCCUGAAAAUGGAGAGCAGCAGUUGAAGAGAGUCUGUCGUGAAACCGCGGUUAAGCCUGUCGUGAAAUCGCGUCUCAAGAGGCUUUUCCAGUGGCAAAAGUUCCCAAGUGUCCUGAGGUUUUCAUCGACUGAGAAGCCCGUCCUUGGUGAACAGCAGUAUAACAAAGAUGCUACUAACAACAACAACAACAACAACGAUUGGGAGCUGAGUUCUAUGUGUUUGGCCAAGAUGGUUCAGAACUUCAUUGAAGAAAACAAUGAAAAGCACUCCUCAACUGCCAAAUGCGGACGAAAUCGAUGUAAUUGCCACAAUGGAAACUGCAAAGAUAGCUCCGAGAUGAAUUCGACUUGUGCAAGUGUUUCGGUGAACCGAUGCCGGCAGCUUCCUGUGGCGAUGCCUGCAAAUUUCUCAAGAGCUUGGUUCCUUGUGCGAGCGUUGCCGGGAGAAACCUCUUAGCGGACACUGCGAAGAUCAUAGAGAAGAACAAGAGUUGCAAACUUAAGGAUGAUUGCAGAAAGAUCGUCACUGAUGGUCUUAUUAGUCU